AGUGCAAGGGAGUUCUGUGAGAAGACGUUUUAUAGCUGUGCAUUUAUCUGGCUCCUACCACGGAAUUCACUUUCAGUAAUCAAGAACUGCCUCAAAAUUCAUGAACUUAAGACUUUCUGAGCACUUUCUAAACUUUCAAGUUCCCCAAAGAUUAGGACCAAAAGUUACUGAUCCAUGCUAAUAUCGCAGAAGGCUCUGUGACCAACUCUCUGAUUCAUAGAUAAAAAUUCAGGAGAGAACACCUGCCUCUCAAAUGUUAUUCUCAAGGACUUACUGCUACACAGUUACAGGAAUGUCCAUCUCUGUCCAAAUCUCCAGUAAUCGGGCACAGCAGAGAUAAAGGCUAUAGAAUCCACCAUAACACACCAUGUUGAGCAAAAAGCUGGUGACAGCGCAGAAACGAGGGGAGACCAGGGCACUGUUCCUGGGUUUAGGAAUGGUGGCAUGCUCAGUCAUUAUGUAUUUCUUUAUUGGGAUCACAAUUGUUCCUUCAUACAAAAGAAGUGUCUGGACAAACGAGAGCAUGUGCAAACUAAUAAAGGCUACCACCAUGGAAAAAGUCCACUGCUUGUACAAUGAAGGUUCUGGCGAUGAGAACAUUUUUCGCUAUCCUUGUCUGCAAGUCCAAGUCAAUUUGACGCUGUUAGGACAAGUGGUAAAGCUCUAUCACACAGAGGACACAGUGGACAGAAAUCCCAAGUGCUUCUAUGUCCCUCCAAAUAUGGAGAAUUACAGCGAAGUUGAAAAGCUAGUGAAAACAAUAACAGACAAUUUCAGAAAGCACCAAACAUUUUCUUGUUACUAUGACCCAUCAAGAAAAGAAGAGAGUGCCAUCUUAAAGAGAUCAUAUCCUCCAGAAGGCCUUAUCCUUGCUUUCGUUUGGCCAAGUUUGAUGUUAUUUGGUGGAGUCUUGAUCAUCAUCAUGGUGAAAAUAAGUCAAUAUAUUUCUGUACUCUCAGCAUCUCAAUAUAGAGCAAGUAUAUAAAAUGUACUGAAAGCAACCUAUGCUUUAUGUUCAUAUCUGUUUACAGGGAAACUAGGAGCCUUUCUCAAAUGUAUACAUAGUGGAUUAACAAGAUCAGACUGUGAAAAGGAAAAACAGAGAACACCCACAGCUAGAUGUUAUCUAAAUAUUUCGUUAGACAAAUUGUAUUUUUUUUUCUCAUCUGCAGAAUUGCCAAGACAUUUCUUAUCCACUCAUCUGCUUUCUCUCAAAAUAUUAUGUAAACAUUUGAUCUCAACCCAGGGCAAAUGU